AUGGCUUCCGUGAAGAAGCCGUUGAAGGUACCCAAAGCGUACUUGAAGAAGCGUCCAAAGGUGGAGGAUUUCUACGUCCUCGGAGCCAGUCUUGGGCAAGGGGGCUUCGGGGAAGUCUUUGCCGCCAAGCGCAGAUUGGACGAGGUUGAUGUGGCCAUCAAAUCUCUUCCCAAGCACGGUUCGAGCUCGCCUGAGAGGGAAGUGGCAAUGAUGGAGCAGUUGGACCAUCCGAACAUCAUAAAGAUGCUGGAGUCCUUCAGCGACGCCAGGAAGCUCCCUGCGGCGCCGCAACAGCUCUGCGACUUGACGAGCCAAGGUUCGGAAAGGCCCUAA